AUGGCCCCCAAACGAAGCGCCAAGAAAAGACUCACGAACGAGGACGAGACCCGAGAGGAACCGAUGAAGAGACCUAAACUUGGAAAUGGAACUUUGGAUCCACUGCGCGAGCCUCAUCAUUUUGCGGUCGAAGCCGAAGAGCAUGGCAUCGUGCAGCGCAAAUUCUACCCGCCGGAAAUGAACAUUGCGCGUGCUCAAGCAUAUAAUGACAACAAACUUCCUCGCCCCAUUGAACAGCUCGAAGCUGCUUUGGAGGAAACGGCGUCGAUGCGGAAGAGCACACAAGUGAAGGAGGCCGUGAUACACUGGUUCAAAAUGGAUCUGCGGACCACAGACAACCGCGCACUAUGGGAAGCUAGCCAGAAGGCUCAAGAAGCUAAUGUUCCUCUAAUAUGCAUAUAUAUAGUAAGCCCCGAGGAUUUUGAGGCGCAUUUGACGGCCCCCGUGCGCGUCGACUUUACGAUACGCACUCUGCAUAAGCUGAGGCAGGAUUUGGCAGCUCUAGAUAUUCCGCUUUAUGUAGAGACUGUCACCAAGCGAAAGGAGAUCCCCGAGCGCAUUCUGGAGUUCAUGGAUGAAUGGGGUGCGAGUCAUCUAUAUGCAAAUAUAGAAUACGAGGUCGAUGAACUAAGGCGAGAAGCAAACAUGGUAAGAUUAUGUGCCGAUAGGGGAAUAGCGAUGGUGUUGUUCCACGAUACUUGUGUUGUUCCGCCCGGCUCGUUGCAUACGGGUGCCGGGAAGCAGUACGCGGUAUACUCGCCAUGGUUUAGGACAUGGGUUGCGCAUAUCCAUUCAAACCAGGAGCUUCUUAACUUAUUUGAUCCUCCCGCGAAGAAUUCUUCUGCCGCUCGUGAGAAAGUAACCGCUCUCUUUGAUAGCGAGAUACCAGAUAUCCCAGAAAACAAGCAGCUUCCGGACGAAGAUGCGAAGAGGUUCCGUGCCACUUGGCCAGCCGGUGAACGUGAAGCCAUGGAUAGGCUUGAGAAGUUCUGCGACGAGAAAAUCGGAGAGUAUGGCAAGAGGCGCAAUUUUCCUUCCGAGGCGGCGACAUCGUCGAUUUCAGUGCAUUUGGCAGCUGGGACGCUGAGUGCAAGGACGGCGGUACGGACGGCGCGAGAUAGAAAUAAGACGAAAAAGUUGGAUGCCGGCGUUGAGGGCAUCCAAUCUUGGAUCAGCGAGGUUGCAUGGAGAGACUUUUAUAAGCACGUCUUGGUCCACUGGCCUUAUAUCUGCAUGAACAAGCCGUUCAAACCCGAAUACUCCAACAUCGAAUGGUCCUACAACUCAGCACACUUCGAAGCCUGGUGCACAGGGCGCACCGGCUUCCCAAUCGUCGACGCAGCAAUGCGGCAACUCCAAGGCGUAGGCUGGAUGCACAACCGAUGCCGCAUGAUCGUCGCCUCGUUCCUAUGCAAAGACCUACUGCUAGACUGGCGCAUGGGCGAACGGUUCUUCAUGGAGAAUCUGAUCGACGGGGACUUCGCGUCGAACAACGGCGGGUGGGGAUUCAGCGCCUCCGUCGGCGUCGACCCGCAGCCGUAUUUCCGGAUUUUCAACCCGCUGCUGCAGAGCGAGAAGUUCGAUCCCGAUGGCGCAUAUAUCCGGAAGUGGAUAUCGGAGCUUAGGGGGGUCAAGGGCAAGGCUAUACAUGAUCCGUAUAAUAGGGGCGCUGCGGCGGAGGCUAAGAAGGCGGGGUAUCCGGAGCCGAUUGUGGAUCAUCGGCAGAGUCGCGAUCGCGCGUUGACGGCGUAUAAGGUUGGUAUUGGGCGGGAUAAGUCUUGA